AAAAACUGACCAUUUCCUGUCGAGUUCAACUGGACAUUUUCGACCCAAUCAACGUAGAAUUUUCCGACUUUUCCUCAACAAUGGUAAACCAAAAUGCCGAAGACAAAAUGGCGGACAAGAUGGCUGCUGGCACUAGCCGGAAGUUGAUAUCCGUAAAUGGGGAUAAAAUUAUGAAGGGGCGAGAUUUGUACGUUGAUUUUCAUCACGAUAUAUCGAGGAAGACGGCAAACGUUAAUCUAAUAUUUGCAAAGAUUAAAGCAAGCGAUAGUGGAUUAUUUUAUUGCUACAACGAGGCAAGCGCUGAACAGCAAGGAAUUCUAAACCUAACCGUUUUUGUGCCAGUAAGAGAAGUACACCUCGCUACGUUAAACGUUAAAAGUCUGGAGAGCAUUCAGAAACGAAUCAACAAAUCGAAGAAUGAAGUCACUGAUAACGACGACGACAACGAUGAUGAUGGCGACAGUCAAGCUAGCGACAACCAAGAUGGUGGUGGCGAUGAUGACGACAACGAUGAUGAUAGUUAUAAUGAGGGUGACGACGACGACGAUAAUGAUGACAAAAAAAUGAUGAAACCAAAACCACAAAAACCUGGAAAACCUCGAGCUAAAACGACGGUUACGACGCAGUUUUUCUCCAGCAUCAACCGGCUGAGCCCGGGUUCGGAAGCAAACUUAGCCGACAUGAACAACAGCGAUGUACUCGUUUGUUACGCUACCGGCAGGUCGGAUAAUUUCAAACUCAAUAUCGCCCUCAACGGUGCACCUAUCGAUUCCAAAAUACACCAAAUCGAAUUAUUAGAAUACUUCAAACCGGAUGUUGACAGCGACGAUGACGUCAUUAAAAAAGUUGCCAAAAAUGGCGAUGCCAAUGACGAUGGUAAAGAUAGUAGCGAUGCUGCUGAUGACGACGACGACGACGAUGAGGAUGUCUGGAAGGCCUUGGUGGUUAAGAAGGUGGACCACACGUUUGAUGGUGGUCGGGUGUCGUGUGUAGCCACUGUCGCUAGCUUUCAGACGAUCAACGCCACCAACGAACUCAACGUACAAUACAUUCCAAAAAUAGACUGCCCUCAACUGGAACCGGAAGUAACUCUGGGAAAACCCAAACAGGUCACGUGCAAAGUGAAGGCCAAUCCGCCAGCUGAAAUAAUUUUGGCGGGAAUGGAGAGCAAAAAGAAUGAUGGCGUAACAUUGACAAGGACUCCGAUUGGCAAAAACGAGGUCGAGAUCAUGAUAUCGAUACCGGAAGUGAAGCAGAAGCAUCUUGUGACGUCAUUCAACAUCGUGGCCAGCAACUUUCUAGGGUCCAACAACAGCACAUCCCUGAAGUUUACUACGUCAUCGUCAUCGUCAUCAUCAUCGUCGUUUUCAUCUUCAUUGCAGGUUGAUAGUCAACAUCCAGCUAAUAACUCAGGUACAUCACUGGUUUUCAGUCUGAACAUAAAUCUCCUUUUAGCGUCAGUCGCCAGUUACGUCAUCCUAAUUACCAAAAACCACUAA